GUGUUAUUUGCUCGACGUUUUAUUCAUAUCGAUAUUAAUUUUACACAAAGUUGAUAUUUCGAAAGUUAUAUGGCAGAAAAGAAUAAUGCCGUCAUGUCCAUUCAUCUAUUCAAACAGAUAAAGAUAGUUAAAUAAUAUUGCAAUCGUCGGAGAACCGCUGCUGUCAACAUGUUCUCGAGAAAUGUUUCUUCCGAGCGACGAGCGAAUCUCGUAGUCGAUAGGAAAAGAUCCGCAUCUGCGGGAACAUCAUCGCAGAAGACGCGAUCUUCGAAGGGCGGAAAGUCCAUAAAAACCGGCGCGGCGAAACCGCGAGGUUCUUGCGAGCAGCGGCUUCUUUCGCGAAAGGAGAAUAAGAAGGUGCGCGACGAUGCGAAACACAAGGAUUGCUUGUACGACGAGACAUGCGUCGCCAGCGCGGAUAACAAUGACCCGAUUUACAUUUUACGGAAGGAAAUACACGACUGGAGAAUGUCGGGGCAAUUAGCGAACGGAUUUGAACGCGAUCAGCGCGUUACCGAAGAUGAAAGAGAGAAGAGUUCCGUUCCAGAAAGAUGGAGUCAAGUUGUCACAAAGGACCUACAAGAUGUUCUGUCUGAUCCAGAUAUUUUGCCUGAGUUACCGAACAGCAUCGUCGUCGAUCGGUCAACGCGAUGCACGUGAGUACACUUGUGUGUGAAAAUUUAUUAUUACCAAUUGAAACUUUCAUAUUUAUCGAAAUUUGAUAUGCGCUCGCGUGAAAACUCGGGAAAGUUUUGCGGAAACAGAUUAUUAUCCUGGAUUUUUGUGUCGAAGACGCAGUUGCGCAUACGUGGUUUAUUAAAGAUUCAAACGAUUAUACUUUAUAAUACAUCACGAGAGAAACGACAAGAUGAUUGCGAAACUUGUUCAGUAAUGAAAUUUUGUUCUCCGUUUAGAAACGAUCAUGUCUGUGAAAAUAUCCGUGUAUUGUAUAAUAUCCUUUUGCGAUCUUUCGAUAAUUCACAACCGACUAUUUUAUUCUAUAUAUUUAGUUUUUUCGCAGCGAUAAUUACACGAGCGUACCUUUUUCGUCAGAUAUCGGAGCCGUGUCUGCUCGCUCGCAUAUAGCCGCGAGUUAUCGAGCGCGACUAUUUUCUCGACGUAACUUAUAAUAAGCUCGGGUUUUUGCACGGUGCGAUUUCCCGACGCGAAUAAUAACGCGCGCCAGUGAUUUCUUGUCAGUGUCUCAGAUAAAGCAGCGACUCUCAAGAUACGAUUUCACGCGAAGGUAAGUGAACAACUUCCGCUUGCGCGUGUGCACGCGACAUACUAUUAAUGCUAUUUUUAUACGCGCGCGCAUUCGAUAUGCACGAAUCUGGCGUGAUCAAGUCGCCGUGUCUCCAACGAUCAUUCAAGAGACGCAAGGAAAGAGAGGCUCGCGCCUCGUUACGUAAGUAAUUGUAAAUAAAGAACGAGAGAAAAGAGAAGCGCGAUCGGUGUAUCUUCGUUCGCUCUUGUGAGCCGGACACCCGCCGAGAAAAGAAGCUUGGCUACAUUAUACUGGAAUUUUCGAAAGUUUCGACAAACCGGUUCCCGAUCGGGCGCAACUCGUUUGUGACUCGUCGUCGAUAAUAUCCCGCGCGGAAAGAUGCACACCGCGUACCGUUUACUGGAAGCUGUUCGCCCGACGAUCUUCGUCUUCCCUGACAGCUCACGGAUAGCCGAAUCUUCCAUAUUGUUUUACUGGAAUAAUUUAUAUCGCAAUCGGAAUCCUCGAUGCUACGGAUGAUACGCAAAACUAAUCUCUCCGGGUUUAUCCAUGAUAAUUAGUCUAACGAUAAGAUAUCAGAGUUUCGUCAUGUCUGUAGAAUCGAUAACUAUCUCAAGUAAAAUUGUAUUAGAUCCCUUCUCUAGUGUAGCGAUAUAAAUAUCACUCAACGCGUAUACGAACGCGCAUUUUUUAUCAUAACGGAAUUACGCACAGAGUAAAAAUAUCGCGGUUAUUUAUAUGUACGUUCGCGAAUCCGAUAAACACGUAUAUAGGAUCGUUGUAACAUGACAACACGUGCGAGAAACGAGACGAAGCGGGUAUAUAAUGAUAGAAUUGAAAUUCCGUGUCAAGAGACAGAGAGAGAAAAGCGACUUUGUCCUCCACGGUCGAGGACGAAUUCGACAAUUCCUGCGCUCGUCAUUCGAGGCACGGCCCGGCGCCCGAAAAUAUUUUUACUACACGAGCACGCGAGCCGCAUGCAUGCAGACUCAUUAAGUAUAAACUGGCUAUUGUUCUCACUAACCUACAGCACUGUGCGCCUCAUUAUCAUUUUUCGCUCGUGAUGCCACUGUUAAAGGCCCGGACGGGGCACCUUCACGAAAACUAAACAUGUCAGGUGCGCCACGUCCCGUGGGAUUGUUCUCAUCCGAUAAAAAAAAAAA